CAACUGGUCCCCCCAGUACCUGCUCCCACGCCAGCGCACAGUCACUCUCCUUAGCAGCACUCACAUCCCACUGUCGGGCCGUAACCCCAUGCUGCAGGAAGCGCUGGGCAUCCGCCCGCAUAUUCUGGUGCUGAACAAGAUGGACCUGGCUGAUCCCCGCCGGCAGCCGACAGUCUUGGAGCACCUGAAGCAGCGGGGAUGCUCGCACGUUGUCUUCACUGACUGCCAGCGCGAUGGCAAUGUCAAGAAGAUUGUUCCCCUGGUUGCCAAGCUGGUGGGCAACAGCCCACGCUACCACAGGGCUGAGAGCACCGAGUACAGCAUCCUGGUGAUCGGCGUGCCCAACGUGGGCAAGUCGUCGCUCAUCAACUCCCUGCGGAGGCUGCACCUCAAAAAGGGGAAAGCCACCGCGGUUGGUGGUGAGCCAGGCAUCACCAAGGCAGUGCUGACCAGAAUCCAGGUGUGCGAGAAGCCCCUGAUGUACCUGGUGGACACACCUGGCGUGCUGCCCCCAAAGCUGGGGGAUGUGGAGACGGGCAUGAAGCUGGCGCUGUGUGGAGCCAUCCGUGACCACCUGGUGGGAGAGGAUAUCAUGGCUGACUACCUCCUGUAUGCCCUGAACAAGCAGCAGCAGUUCGGGUACGUGCGGCGCUAUGGUCUGGCCGAGGCCUGCGACGACAUCGAGCCUGUGCUGAGGCGCGUGGCCCUCGCCCAGGGCAGGACGCAGAAGGUGAAGGUGUUGACGGGCACAGGGAACGUCAACGUGACGAUGCUCAACUAUCCGGCUGCUGCCUAUGAGUUCCUGCAGGAUUUUCGGGCGGGACGCCUGGGCAGAGUGACACUGGACUGAGGCCUGUGCCAUGGGGGAGAGGCACCGCCUGCAGCCACGCAGGCUGGGGACACCCUGGUGCCCCAUGGGGCUGGGGACACCUUGGAAUGGAGCUUUGGUGUGCGAUUUGAAGCGGCUCUGCCGGGGCAGCCCCCAGUUUCAGACCACGGGCUGCUGCAAGGGGCCGGGGGGACAGGUUUCCCACGGCGGGGGGUGAGGCUGUGCUGUGGUGACUGCCCCAUGGUGUCGCCUUGCGCGGCGAUGCUCUCCAUGGGUAGUGCGGUGCCCACCCAGGAGGGCCUGGAGGACGGCUGCUGCCUCCAGCCAGGAUAAAACCCCUGUGGAGCUGUUUCCUCGCUGCGGUCUUGACCCUCUCGGGGACCUCCAUCCCGAAAUAAAACCUCCAUGAGCAGGGUGCUGGGGUGGUGGCCGUCCCAGGGUCCCCCUCCUGAGCCCCUUGCCCUGCAUCCAGCC